GUGUAGAAGAGUGAAAUUGGAAGAAAAAAAAAUAAACUUCUUCUUCUAUCUAUACUCCUUCUUGUUUGAACAGCUAAAUUAUACAUUUAAAGUGGUCUUUGAGGUUAGUGUAUUUAAAGUUAUUAUUUUUAUAUUGCUUUAUUUGAAUUAAUUUUUUUUUAUUUUCAAUAAGAAAUUUAGUAUUUUGAUUUUGAUUUUGAUUUACUCAUUCUAUUUUUAUGUUUAUAAGAAAUAUUGUAUGUUAUGAACAUUACAUUAAUUAAAAUUAUAUUGCUUUUAGUUGUAGCAAUGGAAAGGUAUUUUAAAAGAAAAUCAUCUUCAGAGCAACCAUCUUCUCCUUAAAUACAUGUUGAAAAAGAAGUCAAAUUGGGUCCACCAACCAAAAAAAGAUUUUUAGAAUGUGAUUUGGAAAGGCUUCCUGAUGAUCCUUGUUUAAGGCCAAAAAUUUCAGAUUAUCAUCCAAGUGAUAGAGAUGAAGUUAGAAGAUAUUAUUUGCAAAAGGGUCCUUGUCAACCAAAAGAGAUAAAUUUUCCACAAAGACAAUUUGGAGAUACCAUUCGUAAAUUUAAUCUGGAUUGGUAUUUAAAAUAUGGAAGUUGGUUAGAAUAUAGUCAAAAGGAGGAUGCAGCAUAUUAUUUAUAUUGUUAUCUUAUGAGAUCACAUGUUGAGGAACAUAAAGGUAGUGGUGAUGUAUUCAUAACAGAAGGUUUUACAAAUUGGAAAAAAAGUGAGAGAUUUCAAGUUCAUGUUGGAGGUCCAAAUAGUUUUCAUAAUCAAGCAUGGAGGAAUUGUCAAUCUUUGAUGAAACAAAAGCAACAUAUUGAAGUUGCAAUGUGUAAGCAGUCUGAUCAAACUAAAAAGGAAUAUCGAAUUCAUUUGACUGCAAUAGUUGAUUGCAUUCGAUUCUUAUUACGCCAAGGAUUAGCUUUCCGUGGUAAUGAUGAGUCAAUGUCAUCAAGUAAUAAGGGAAAUUUUCUUGAACUUUUAGAUUUUCUUGUUGACCACAAUGAAGUUAUUCAUAAAGUGAUAAAAAAUGCUCGUGGAAAUCUUAAGUUGAUAGCUCCUACAAUACAAAAAGAUAUUGUUAGAUCUGCUGCUAGUGAAACUACUAAAGCUAUACUUGAUGAUCUAGGAGAUAAUUUGUUUUCUAUUUUGAUUGAUGAAUCUCGAGAUAUCUCAGUGAAAGAGCAAAUGGUUGUGGUUUUACGUUAUGUUAAUAAAAAGGGACAAGUUAUAGAGCGUUUUCUUGGUCUUGUUCAUGUUUCUAAUACUAAUGCUUUAUCAUUGAAAAUAGCUUUGGAGUCAUUGUUUUCAAAAUAUGGAUUAAGUUUAUCAAGGUUGCGUGGACAAGGAUAUGAUGGAGCAAGUAAUAUGCAAGGUGAAUUUAAUGGCCUCAAAAGCUUGAUAUUAAAAGAGAAUUGUUCCGCAUUUUAUAUUCAUUGUUUUGCCCAUCAACUUCAAUUAGCUCUUGUUACAGUGGCAAAAAAACAUGUUGGAGUUGCAUUAUUUUUUAACUUGGUUGCUAAUAUUUCUAAUGUUGUUGGAGCAUCAUGUAAGCGUCGAGAUAUUCUUCGAGAAAGUCAAAUUGCAAAGGUGAAAGAAGCAUUGCAAAAAGGAGAAAUCUCUAGUGGGCGUGGCUUGAAUCAAGAAACUACAAUAAAAAAGGCGGGAGAUACUAGAUGGAGCUCACAUUAUGAUACAUUACUUAGUCUACUUUCCUUGUUCCCUUCCACGAUUGAUGUGCUUGAAAUAGUUGAGGAAGAUGGCAUGAGUUUAGCACAAAAAGGUGAAACAUGUGCUUUAUUGAAUUCUAUGCAAACUUUUGAAUUUGUUUUCACCUUACACUUGAUGAAAAAUAUUUUAGGGAUUACUCAUGAGUUAUCUCAAGCAUUGCAAAGAAGUGAUCAAGAUAUUGUAAAUGCUAUGAAAUUAGUUUCAGUGUCCAAACAAAGGUUACAAGCAAUGAGAGAUGAUGGUUGGUCUUCUUUGCUCAAUAAUGUUUCAUCAUUUUGUGAAAACCAUAACAUUGUGGUUCUAAAUAUGAAUGACACUUUUCAAACACAAGGAAGGUCAAGGCGUAGGGUAGAGAAAGUUUCUAAUCUACAUCAUUUUCAAGUUGAAUUAUUUUUUCAAGUGAUUGAUCAACAACUUCAAGAGUUAAACAAUCGUUUCACAGAAGCAAAUACUGAGUUGCUUCUUUGUGUAGCAUGUUUAAAUCCAAGAGAUUCAUUUUCUGCAUUUGACAAGGAGAAGUUGAUUCGUUUUGCUCAAUUUUAUUCUUCUGAAUUUUCUCCAAUUGAACUUUUGGCAUUAGAUAAUCAACUUGAAAAUUAUUUCAUAGAUGUAUGUUUUGACAGUGCUUUUUCAAAAUUAGAAGGGAUUGGUGAUCUUUCUAUGAAACUUGUGGAGACAAGAAAACAUGUUGUAUAUCCAUUGGUAUAUUUGCUUUUAGAGCUAGCCUUGAUACUACCAGUGGCAACUGCAUCAGUUGAAAGAGUUUUUUCUGCUAUGAAUAUCAUCAAGAAUCGGAUGCGCAAUCGUAUGGGAGAUGAAUGGUUAAAUGAUUGUUUAGUUACUUAUAUAGAGAGAGAGGUUUUUGAUAGUAUUGAAAAUGAGCAAAUCAUUCAAUGUUUUCAAACUAUGAAAACUCGUAGAGAACAAUUAUGAUAUAUAUUUAUCUUUAUAGAAAUUUUAUUUUAUAUUUUGACAAAUUUAUGUAUUUAAAU